AUGCCUUGCAAUCCCUCAGUAGGAGGAGUAGCCAAAGGAAUAGUAGUGCGCGAAAUUGAUGCCUUAGGUGGAGAGAUGGGAAAAGCAGCAGACGCAACCGCUCUUCAAUUUAAGUUAUUAAAUACUUCGAAUGGUCCGGCCGUGCAAGCCCUUCGCGUUCAAUCCGACAAAAUUGCUUAUGGCCGCUACAUGCAAGAAGCAGUAAAUAAUCAACAAAAUUUGACAGUUAUUGAAGGAGCCGUUAAAAACUUGUUAAUUGAAGAAGGAAAAAUUAAGGGAGUAGAAUUAAACAACGGCAAAACUUUUUCAGCAAAAAUAGUAAUUCUAACUACCGGGACCUAUUUACAACCCAUUACUUAUAAGGGUAAAGAAAGCAAAAUUGAAGGACCGGACGGAGAAAAAAAGGUGGUAAAUAAUAUUUCUCAACAAUUACAAGAAUUAGGAUUUAAAUUAAAACGUUUUAAAACCGGAACUUCGCCCCGUAUUUUAACUAAUGCUAUUGAUUUUUCUAGUUUAAAAGUAGAACCGGGUACCAAUUUACCCCUCCGAUUUUCUUCCCGAAGUAAUUAUAAAGAAUUAUUGCCACCUGAAAAACAAUUGCCCUGUUAUCUGCUCCAUACUAAUGAAAAAACUCACCAAAUUAUUCGGGAAAAUUCUCAUCUCUCACCAAUUUUUUAUAAGGAGGAUAUUGGCACUGGACCGCGCUAUUGUCCUAGCAUUGAAGACAAAAUUUACCGAUUUGCUGAUAAAGAAAGGCACCAAAUAUUUUUAGAACCAGAGUCUCGGGAGUUAGACACUACUUAUAUUCAAGGUUUAUCAACUUCCUUGCCGGCUGAAAUUCAAGCCGAAAUUUUAAAAACUUUGCCGGGAUUAGAAAAUCUAGAAACUAAACUAAUUGAGGGUUUUUUCACCGCCGGUCAAAUUAAUGGCACUACUGGCUAUGAGGAAGCCGCCGCCCAAGGGCUAAUGGCCGGAAUAAAUGCCAGUCGCAAAUUAAAAAAUCGGGAACCAUUAAUUUUAAAGAGGGACCAGGCCUAUAUUGGGGUGUUAAUUGAUGAUUUAACAACGAAGGAAAUUGCUGACCCUUACCGACUUUUAACUUCCCGAGCUGAAUACCGUUUAUUAUUACGACAUGACAAUGUCUAUACUCGCCUCUGGCCGAUUACCCGUCAACUAGGACUUUUACCUGACAAAGAGUGA